UGAGGGAGAGCGAGACAGAGAGAGAGAGAGAGAGAGAGAGAGAGAGAGAGGGAGAGAGAGAGAGAGAGAGAACCACACACAUGGGAAGAGGGAGAGAUGAGGAACGAGAGAUGCGAGCAUGCUGAUUUUGCAGACGCUGUCGACCAGACCAGUUUGGACUGUUCUACCCCAGUGCAACUCUCUGCCAUCUGUUCACCACCGAAUUGCGCCUUGGGAUUGUUUUCUUUCUUUCUCUUUUUCUAACCCCUCUUUUUUCUCUCCAUGCUUUUGAACAUCAAAUAACCCCAAGAGUAUAUAGUCCAAGCUUGCAAAUGCACUGCCUUGCAUGUGCAUAAGCCAGCAUCCACUGGGAACAGGUUGCAGGGAGAUUGUUUGAUUGUUUUUUUUUCUUUUUGUGGAGCUGUACUUCUUGCUUUCUUUUUUUCUUUCUUUUAUUACUAAACAACAAUGGCUGACAGUAAUGCUGAAUGCAAUAUCAAGGUGCUGUGUCGUUUUCGUCCACUCAACCGGUCGGAAAUCCUGCGUGGAGAUAAGUUCAUCCCAGUAUUCCAAGGUGAAGACGCUGUUCUCCUUGGGGGGAGGUGCUUUGUGUUUGACCAGGUGUUCCCCACAAAUGCCACCCAGGAGCAGGUCUACAACACUUGUGCCAAGCACAUUGUGAAAGAUGUACUGGGCGGAUACAACGGAACCAUCUUCGCCUACGGACAGACGGCCUCAGGAAAGACUCACACUAUGGAGGGAAACCUUCAUGACCCCCAGGGGAUGGGCAUCAUCCCCAGGAUCGCGGAAGACAUUUUUGAGCACAUAUUUGCAAUGGACGAGAACCUGGAAUUCCACAUUAAGGUAUCAUACUUUGAGAUCUACAUGGAUAAGAUUCGGGACCUGCUAGAUGUGAACAAAACUAAUCUGUCAGUGCACGAAGACAAAUACAGAGUCCCUUAUGUGAAGGGUUGCACCGAACGCUUUGUCACCAGUCCAGAUGAGGUCAUGGACGUGAUAGACGAGGGAAAUGUCAACCGCCACAUCGCCGUCACGAACAUGAACGAGCACAGUUCGCGAAGUCACAGCAUCUUCCUGAUCAACAUCAAACAGGAGAACGUGGAGACGGAGCAGAAGCUCAGCGGGAAGCUUUACCUGGUGGACCUGGCUGGGAGUGAGAAGGUCAGCAAGACGGGUGCCGAGGGAGCCGUACUGGAUGAGGCCAAGAACAUCAACAAGUCUUUGUCGGCCCUCGGCAAUGUUAUCUCGGCUUUGGCUGACGGAACGAAGUCCCACGUGCCAUACCGCGACAGCAAAAUGACACGCAUUUUACAGGAUUCCCUGGGGGGCAACUGUCGCACCACCAUGUUCAUCUGCUGCUCGCCCUCCAGCUACAACGAUGUCGAGACCAGGUCCACGCUCAUGUUUGGCCAAAGGGCAAAAACCAUCCGAAACACUGUGACAGUGAACCUUGAGCUCACAGCCGAGCAGUGGAAGAGGAAGUACGAGAAGGAGAAGGAGAAGAACAGGUCACUGAAAGAGACCGUGCACAGACUCGAGGCUGAGUUGAGCUGCUGGAGGAAUGGUGAGGUUGGAGGAGGCUCAGAGGACGAGGACGAGCCACCCAACUCCGAGGAGCCAGCACUGGACAUAUGCAGCCCGUGCUCCCUGACCUCCUCCAUCGUGGUGCACAUCUCUGAGGAGGAGCGUCACAAGUACGAGGAGGAGAUCCGGAAGCUCUACAAGCAGCUGGAUGACAAGGAUGCUGAGAUUGACUAUCAAAGUCGGAUAGUGGAGAAACUGAAGGCUGAAAUGCUGAAGCAAGAGGAGUUCCUGGCAUCCUCCAGGGAUGACGGUGAAAAGGUGCAUUCAGAGCUGGGCCGCUUGCAGUCUGAGAACGAGCGUUCCAAGGCAGAAGUGAAGGAGGUGCUACAGGCCCUGGAAGAGCUGGCGGUCAACUAUGACCAGAAGAGCCUGGAGGUGGAAGAGAAGAGUGUGCAGAACAAGCUGCUGGCCGAGGAACUCUCCAAGAAAAUGACUCACCUGGUGUCAUUGGAGGCGGAGCUUUCUCACAUCCAGGAAGAGAGCCGCCACCAGAGGAAGCGCUUCGCCGAAGUCCUCAAUGGGCUGAUGAAGGACCUGAGCGAGUUUGGCGCCAUCGUGGGCACCCGGGACAUCAGACUGUCCACAGAGAUCACGGGUGUCAUCGAGGAGGAGUUCACGCUUGCCCGCCUGUACAUCAGCAAGAUCAAGUCAGAGGUGAAGUCCGUGGUGAAGCGCUGCCGGCACCUGGGCAGCCUUCAGGCCGAGUGCCGGCACAAGAUGGAGGAGACGGGCAGGGAGCUGUCCUCCUGCAACCUCCUUGUCGCACAGCACGAAGCCAAGAUUCGCUUGCUGACCGAGUACGCUCAAGACGUGGAACGCGAGAGGAGACAACUGGAGGAAAGCUACGACUCACUGGCGCAGGAGCUGGCCCAGGUCCAAGCUCGAGAAACCGUGUCACAGUUGGCCAGCGAGCAGAAUGGCUCUGUCCAGGGAGGCCGUGACAUCCAGAGGGCUCUGGAGCAGCAGAUGGAGGCGCACCACGCGGCGCACAACGAUCAGCUCGGCCACCUGCGCGACAAGAUCAAUGAGCAGCAGAGGAUCAUCAACGACUUAACCCAUUGGAACCAGAAGCAAGAACUGGAGCUCGAGCAACUGCUCAGCGACUUUGAGCGUCUCUGCGGACGAGAGCAUCAAAAAAGCAGACAGCUGGAGGAGCUGACAUUUCUCCAUGAGAGAGACGAGCAGUCCAAGCAGGACCUCAAGGGCCUGGAAGAGACGGUGGCCCGCGAGCUGCGCACCCUCCACAAUCUGCGCAAGUUUUUUGUCCAAGACCUCACCACUUGCGUUAGAAAGAGUGCAGAAAUGGAGCGUGACGGCAGCAGCGGGUACAUCACCCAGAAGCAAAGGAUCUCCUUUCUGGAGAAGAACCUUGACCAGCUGACGAAGGUCCACAAGCAGUUAGUACGUGACAAUGCGGACCUCCGUUGUGAGCUCCCGAAGCUGGAGAAGCGUCUUCGGUCCACUGCCGAGCGAGUCAAGGCACUGGAGGGCGCCCUGAAGGAGGCCAAAGAUGGAGCAAUGAAGGACCGGCAAUGCUACCAGCAGGAGGUGGAGCGCAUCAAGGACAUCAGGACGAGGGGCAGGAAUCCCUUCCGCCGGCCUCAUGCCGCACAUAUAGCCAAGCCUGUGCGUCCUGGCCACCCCUUUCCCACGCACGCCAUCUUCACCCGAGGCCUCAGCGAACACCCGAUUUCAGUGGGUGACGAUGCUCCUCCCAGCAACCCGCCAGCUCCACGAGCUCCCGCCCCGGCACUGGAAAGCAAUCGCUCUGACUCUGAACCGAACCAGAAUCAACCCCCCGGAUGCUUAGACCACCAAAACAACACUCAGAAUAUGCCUGCGCCGAGCCAAGCCAACACCGCUGAGAUGCUCGAUUCAGAAAACGGAAACACCACAGACAUCAAUGAUAACAGCAUGUGUAUGAACGACAACAGCGCAUCCACUGGCGACGUUUGUGACAAUCGGGAUCGAAGCAAACUGGGCAAUUUGCACGCCGCAGGCCGACGCAAGCUAAUAGAAAAGCGAGCAGCUGAUCAGCCGCCUUUGUAGCUUCGUCCUCACCUACUGGAACAAGCCUUCAUCUUCCUCUUCCCAUUUUGUCAUGUCAAAGGACUGCGUGUCAAAUACAAGACUCAAAAAUCGAUGGAAAUAUGCAGUGCUGGAGGUGACCACCAGCUGGCGCUGUAUCAUAAUUGCCGAUUAUUAUUAUUCUUUCUUUCUUUCCUAUUUUUCAUCAUUACCAUAUUUCCUCAAAUAGUGACCCCCUACUAUAACAAGUCAUGCCCCAAACAGUUGCAGUAAGCGCCUCCCUCAAAUAAGCAGUCUUUAUGUGCCGACUUUAUCGUCAUUUUAAUUGAUUCAUUGCGAACGAAGAUUUCUGUGCCUCUUAACAUUUUAUUUGAUCUAUUCUUAUGACGAUUACAUAGUUUGCUAUGUUAAUUAGGUGCUGUGUUGCACCGUGUGACAAACGGAGAUCGACGUCAACAUCACGUGAUUUAUCUAGAUGGAGUUAAUUUGUUGUUUUGUUUUUCAAUUGCGGUGUGUGAGCAUUCUCAUUCCAUUUGGGCAUUUGGAAUAAUGAAUAAUUCCAAUCGGAAUUCACAGCCUCAUGUAAACGUGGCUCCCCACAAACGCAUUGAAAAGUGUACUGUCAAUCCUGUUUUUUAAUUUUUUUUAAAUUUUAAUAACCAAAACAUCAGCAAUUGUACAACCAGUCAGUCUCACAGUUGAUUUGAGGUGUGAAGUUCUACCGGGUGUUGUAAAUUCCUUGCGCUUUCCGAACAAUGACGUUAUAACGACAACCACUCCAUGCAUUAAUGUUUACACAUCCUGAUAGCGCUGCUCAGUCUAAUUGCUGUUUUGUUGGAUGGAGAACGUGCCGUAAGCGCAUUUAGCAAUGCAGAACACACUGACUUGUGGUUGUUCCGCAUUGUUGUGUUCCGGGGAGCUCCGCAACAUACUUUGGGCCAAUCUUCCUCGUUUGUUAUGUUUCCAUCAUAGUCAUUCUUAUUUGGAUUUGCGCUCCUAAUUUCACUUGACAAAGGAGGCCUCACACAAUCAGCCACUAAAUGAGGAAAUGUGGUACUGCUGUCUUGAUAUAUUUUUUCUGACUAUACACACUAGUUUUCUACAAAAACAUCACCUGGUGUGUGAUGUAAUAUGCCCCCCACCCCCCCAGCUCCCAUCCAAAAGCUAAAUUUAUGCUGAAAUAUAAAAAUACAGAGUAAAAAAAACAACAUAUUUUUAAAUGUACAGUAUAUAAAAUGAUACAAAUAUAUGAAAAUAUUAUGGUUUCCUUUGCACUGCUGGACCUUAUCAGGAGUGAAUUAUGCAUAUGUUAAGUCUAUUUUUAGCCUCAGAUGAAUGCAUGUUUUAGAGUGUAAUCCUAGCAGUGUGCAUAUGUGAUUGCCUGUGUGUGUGCAUUUGUGUUUAUCCGUGACUUGUCAGGAGGCUCAAAGAAUAUAUACAUAUAUAAUGUAUCAAAUAGGAUCAGUCUUAUUCCCAAAUGUGGAUUUUGUAAUGCUGCUCGGUUCACAACACUCACUCAAUAGGUUUCAAUCUCAAUGUUCUCAAUGUUCUCUAUUUUUCCAAUAGAUCAUGACUUUAUACGGUAACCUUAUGAAGAAUAUUGAAACAAACCCAUUAUCUUUAUACUAGCAUUUGAGAUCAUUCCUUUUCUUAAAAAAAAGCACUUUAAAUCUUGAUGCUUUGCUUACCAUUUUUAAGUUGUCUCUCUCACUCUCUCUUUAUAUAUAUAUAUAUAGAUAGAUAUAGAUCUCUCUCUCUUUUUUUAUAUAUAUAUAUAAUAUAUAUAUAUAUAUAUAUAUAUAUGUGUGUGUGUGUGUUGGGGGGGUUUGGGACACACCUUUUUCACAUUGUUGCUGGUUCUGCGAUUUUAUACUCAGUUGCGACUUGUAUGUGCGAAAAUUAGAGCUGGGACCCAAAUUCCCUGUUCCCUAAUCAUGUUUACUUUCUGUGCAUUAUCAAUACCUUCUUUCAAUGGGCGGUAAUGCACGUCAAGUAUUUGUCAUCCGCCAAAAGAGUCAAAGAAGAAAAUGAAUAAGUAGAAAAGAAAAAGUAGGCAUGCAUCACUGUUUGUGGCCACCCUCCUUAUAGCCUAUGAAAGAGAUGCUGGUAAUGCAGCAACCCAUCAAAAGAAAGUAGAAGAAGAAAAAGAAAAUUUCAUCAAAGCGGAGCUCGUUUUCCCCUGUCGACCCAGGGGGCAUUCAGGAAUUCACUCUUAACACCACGAUGAGAAUAUGUGUGUUCAGAGAGGCAGCGUGAUAAUGAUAAAUCAAGCAGCAGCUCGUGCUAUGGUACAGCCUGACCCGCUGCGUUCCGGCACUUCUUCAUUGUGGCACUCUGAAUAACCAAACGGCACAUUGGAAUAAUGCUCUGAGUUUCCGAAUGAUCGGAGUGAAGCAGAGUGUUCUUAACUAACGCACCUGGGAUAAGGGUGUGCGAUAAGGGUGGGUCUCUGAGUGUGCGCUCUAUUGUUCUUGGUCUUGUCAAAAUAGUUUCCGCCACAUUGUGUUCUUUUCUUUUUUUUCUCCUUAAUGAUGUGUUUUUUUGACUGGUCCGAUUUAUAAUCCAAAAAUACUAUAAGUCGAUAUUUACAAGCGAGCAUACAUGCCCGGUGGCGAGGAUUGAUACAAUGAGUAUUUCCCAUGAUGUCACCUGUUGCUAGACAGAAUCCAGUAUUUGUGACAACAAAACAACAACGAAAGGACCGGAAGACCUGUCAGGAAUAGAAAGUAAGAAGUUUAAAAAAAGGCACUUAAAAAAAAAAAUCACAUUACAUCACAAUGGAUAUGGCACUUUUUUCACCACAGCUCCACCUGCUGGACGGGGUGGUGUAGUGCUACUUAUUUUAUUAUGAAUGCAAAAUCACCAUUUCCGAAAAUUAAAUCAGUAAACAACUUUCAGUAGCUUUAAUUUCCUCAGUAAAGAGACUUCAAUUGUGCAGAUUAUUAUCAAUUGAAGACAGUACUCGCGUGCCGUGGCCUAACUCGAAUUUUGUCAUUUCUACGGCCUAACUCGAAUUUUGUCAUUUCUAAGUGCAGAAAAGGGAAAAAAAUGUUUGUGUUUUAAAUGAAUGCUUGUCUAAAUCAAAGUUGAGUUCCAAUUUGGAGAACUAGGUACGCCGCUGCUGAAUGUGUGACAUUUGUUUGUAUUGGCUUCGCCGCACUGUCUGGCAGAAUGCUCAAAGAUAUUCUGACAAAAUAUUUGUUAUUAAUUUCUUAUUAUGCUCAUCACUGAUAGCAUUGGUUAAUGAAGCUAACAAUGUCACUGAGGUUAGACACACUGACUCAUAUGCGCUGUAUGAUCUCAACCAACAAUCUGUUGACUUUGGACCUCAAAUGCAAGUUUAGUACCCUUUGGAUGAGUCACAUUACGUGUGAUUGAUUCAUUGAUUGAUGACAGCCACCCGUGACACGCUCUCGUUUGCAUUAGUGAUGAAUAAGUUAGGAAGGAAGGUGUGUGCCAAUUAUAAAAACCUUCAGGAGCUCACCCCUGAAUGCUAAGCAAAGCUGUCUUUAGCUUUUGACUCUUUCAUCAAGGUGAGUGAAGGAGACCGUGAAGCAAUGAAUGAAUGAAUGAAUGAAUGAAUGAAUAUAAUUAUUGUUAUUAUUAUGUGACUCUUGUUCACUCACUGUGAGCCAUUACACUGUGUCCCUAAUGUCACAUCUUUUUUUUUCAAAAUGCAUUUUUAAAUUGGUUAUGUUGAAAGUACCAAAUAUGUACCGGUACUCACUUUUAUUUGAUGUUUCUUUUUCAGUUUUUUUUUUUUUUAAUAUCCAUAGUCUAGUUUAGUUUUUAUUGUACUUGUUUUGUUGGUGCACAUCAAUUUGAUCUUUUUUAUUUCUUUAUUUGUUUUGGCAAUUUAGCUAUUUAUUUUCAUUUUAUUAAAUUUUAAUUCUGUUUGAAUUUAUGAUCAUUUUGCCUAUUUUCUUGAUUUCCUUUUUUAUUCAUUCCAGUUGUAUAUUUUUUUAUUUGUUUGCAACAAUUUAGUUUGUGUCUUAAUGUAUGUACUCUACCAUAUAGUUCAAUUUAUUACAUUUUAUUUAUUCCAUUUAUUUCAUUUCCAUUAAUCUUAUCUUUAUUGUAAAUAUUUUUAAAUUAUGUUAUUUAUUUGACUCGCUUCACUUUUCUUUAGUUUUUUAAUUUAUUGUACUGAUGUUUCUUAAUAUUAGUUUUAACUAGUCCUCAGUGGGCGGCGCGGUGGGCUACUGGUGAGCACAUUGGCCUCACAGUGCAGAGGUGCAUGGUUCAAUUCCAGAUCCUUGCUGGGUGGAUUUUGCAUGCUCUCCCCAGAGGUUUUCUCUGAGUACUCUUGUUUCUACCCAUGCCCCCCCCCCCAAAAAAAAAUGCAUGACAGGCUGAUUGGGCACUGCAGAUUGUCCCUCGGUGUGAUUGUGAGCUUGAAUGGUUGUUUGUCUAGGUGUGUCCUGUGAUUGGCUGGCAACCAGUUCAGGGUGUAACCCGCCUACUGCCCUGCAGUUUUCUCCCACAUCCCCAAAACAUGCUUGUUUGGUUCAGGGAAUAUUCUAAUUGUCCUAAAUUGGAAAUGUGAGUGUGAAUUGCUCGUCUACAGUAGGUGUGCCCUGAGAUUUGCUGGUGACAGGUUCCAAGGUGUACUCUGCCUGUCAGCUGGGAUUCAACUACUUUGGCCCUAUAUUUCAGUUUUUU